AUGACUGGUGGAUAGGAAGACUGGUUAAAGAAGGUUGCGAGAUUGGCUUCAUUCCAAGCCCACUUCGGUUGGAGAACAUCCGAAUCCAGCAGGAACAGAAGAGAGGGCGUUUUCAUGGAGGGAAAUCAAGUGGGAAUUCUUCUUCAAGCCUUGGUGAAAUGGUGUCUGGAACAUUUCGAGCUACUCCCACUUCCACAGCAAAACAGAAACAGAAAGUGACAGAACAUAUUCCUCCCUAUGACGUAGUACCAUCCAUGAGACCUGUUGUACUAGUUGGCCCUUCACUAAAAGGCUAUGAGGUGACAGACAUGAUGCAGAAAGCCCUCUUUGACUUCUUGAAGCACAGGUUUGAUGGGAGGAUAUCAAUAACUAGAGUGACAGCUGACAUUUCUCUUGCCAAGCGGUCUGUUCUUAAUAAUCCAAGCAAGAGAGCAAUAAUUGAGCGGUCAAACACCAGGUCCAGUUUAGCGGAAGUUCAGAGUGAGAUAGAACGAAUUUUUGAAUUGGCACGGUCUUUACAACUGGUUGUUCUAGAUGCAGAUACAAUCAAUCACCCAGCACAACUUAUUAAGACGUCCUUAGCUCCGAUUAUUGUUCAUGUUAAAGUGUCCUCUCCAAAGGAAAUGUUUGAUGUCAUUCUGGAUGAAAACCAGCUGGAAGAUGCUUGUGAACACUUGGCAGAAUACCUUGAGGCCUAUUGGCGUGCCACACACACUACCAGUAGUACACCCAUGACACCUUUGCUUGGAAGAAACCUCGGCUCCACUGCACUGUCCCCUUACCCUACUGCAAUCUCUGGUUUACAGAGCCAACGUAUGAGGCACAGCAAUCAUUCUACUGAGAACUCUCCAAUUGAACGCCGAAGUCUAAUGACCUCGGAUGAAAACUACCAUAACGAAAGGGCUCGGAAGAGCAGGAACCGCUUGUCUUCCAGUUCCCAACACAGCCGAGAUCAUUACCCACUUGUGGAAGAAGAAUACUCCGACUCAUACCAGGACUCAUACAAACCUCAUAGAAACCGAGGGUCCCCUGGAGGAUAUAGCCAUGAUUCUCGACAUAGGCUUUGAAUACAAGAAACUGGGGAAAAUUGGUACUCAUUAGUUGAAAAUUUGCUAUAACGUAGCUAGGCCUAACAAAUCUUCUUGAUUUGGCAGUUGAGGCAUGGUUUUACUGUGCUUACAAGCUGCUGCCAUUUACUGCUAUAAAAGGGGCAAAACGUAUAGAUCUGUGCCCUUUGUGUUAGAAAGAAAUGAGUUUGCCCAAUCACUUAAAUGUGUUUUCUUUCUAGUGUAGUGUUUAAUUUCAAAGUCUCUUUUAUCCUCAUUAGAGUAUUAUUAGACACAUCAAUUUGUAACUUAGAAUACCUGUUGAGGCGUAUAUAAAAUAAUUUCCUUCAUAGGAAAUUCCAAAUGACCAGUUCCAGUUGGAACCAAUUUAUAAACCAAUUCCUGUUGGAAUUUGGGUGAAAUUGACUGGAAAGUCAACCUGAGCAUGUUGCAGUCAGUAAAAAAUAUAAAAUAAGGAACAAGAAAAUUUAAGAAAUCAUAAGCAAAAAAACACCUAUAAUACUUGUUUACUGGAAGGUAAAUUUAUAUAUAUCUAUAUAUCUAUAUAUAUGGUUAGAAUAAACAGUUUUAAUGUAUUUAUUUCAGACUAACCAAAUGUUAAGCAGUCAGUAGUGCCAAAAAUGAUGAAUGAAUGCUGUAAUUAGAACACUUUCCAGUUUAAAAUUAUCAGUUUCUUUUUUCCCCAACAUAGAGGUUGCAGCAAAACUGUAUUGAGUUUGAUGGUAAUUGCAUUUACAAUGAAAUAUUCCAGAAAUAUUCCAGAAAUAAUGCAGGUAUUCCAGAAAUUGGGAGGGGGGGAGCAGGGGGUGAAGGCUAAUAUUUUGAAGUGUAUGAAAAGCAAUUUGAACACACAAUUUCUGCACAGCAAUGCACCCAUGUACGUCUUCACCUCAGAAAGGAGAUUCCAAAAAUUCCAGUUCAACUGGAUGUAUGAGCGUUGGGGACUGAGGUUUUUGUUCAUUUUUUGGCUUACCCAUUUUAAGCACUACUAACAAUCUAAUACUAGACACGAGGCUUGUAACUAAUCUUAAAGUCGUGUUUUGUCAGAAAGAGAUUGGUGACACCAAGGCUUUUAAACGUGUGUGUUAUUAUCAGAAAAGGUACUGUACGAUCACUGCACCUACCAAAGAAUUAAGAACUUAUCAUAAUUGUAAUUAUCGGGAGAUGAUGGUAGCAUAACUGUGUGUCGUACAAGUAAAGAGUAUCGCCUGGAGGAACGAGCAAAGGAGACUAUUCCAGCCACAGCGCAUCAGAGCAGGGGUGGUGCUCUAAUGUUUGGGUGCUUGUUUUUCCUUUGGGUUUCUAGAGCAUGGUAUACUUUCAUCUUCAUUGUGUUAUAAAAUUUAGCAUAAUAUUUCUCUAGUCCAAAUGCAUCGUCACUUGCAUACAACAAAGACUCUUAAAGCAUUCCACCAAUAAGGGAUACCUGAAAGUCAUGUUUUGAGGUUUUCCACCCUGCAAUGUGAACUGUGCUGCAGUGUGAAUAUGGACCUCCUGCAGAGGUGGGGUCCCACCACUCACUUCAGUGGGCAAAGCACCUCUGCACAAACCUCCUUUCACAUGCAGCCUUCUCCACUGAAAUGAAUGGAGCACCCAUGCAUGCAGGAGCUCCAUAAAUGCAUUGCCCUGAGAGCUUCUCAGCCACCACAGGACUGCUAGAUCUAUGAAUGUCUGAAUCCUAGCAUCAAAUAGCAUGUACUCCCUGAUUUCGGAUAUUUUUAAUAAGGUGAUGAUAAUGUUUGUUUCCCCAAUAUUUCUAAAUGACAGAUUUUUUAAAAAAUGACAGUAUUUUGAAAUACUAAAAGAAAACAAAAGUUUUUAGGUUUGGCUUUUUUUCUAAAAUAGGCGGGGGGGCUUUCCCCCCUGAAUGCUAUACUUGUGAGUAGUCCCACAACAGUGCUAGUAACUCCAACACAGUAUUAUGGAGGCAUUGCUGUGGAGACGUAUGCUAGAGUGGGAAAGCACAUAUACAGAUAUUUAAAAACUUAAAAUAACUAAGCAGAAGGUCCACAAUCAUGGAUCACUGCUGUAGGGGAAAGGUAAAAUAAAUACUUCCAUCAAUAAACUGGGAAGGAAAAAGUAAUUCCAAAUUUAUGCAAAGCCAAGUUUAUUGCACUCCGCUGAAAUAAACUUCCAAGAUGUUUGUUGUGCAUCAUGGGUAGGUCUUCAGGAAGGGUUGAAUAUAAAAGCUAUACUGGGCCUCACUGGUUCACUGACUCACUCAUAAAGAUCUUGAAAUAGAGUACUUCCUGAUAAUCUAGAGCCCCGGGAACUGGUACAUAUCUGGUCUGGGACUCCCUUCAUUAGCAUACUUGAAAAAUUUGACACUUUUACAUUUCUCCCUCAGAAUGAAGGGUCUUAAAGUGCAUCCCUAAAUAGUUAAGGUACUUCCCAGGCGAUCAACAGAACUGAAUUUUUCUACAUAACCUUAGAUAUGUAGAUUAUUUGAAAAAUCUGAAAGGGUGACAUUUCUAUACUUUUCCAUAGAAAUGGGGGAUUAGAAAAUUACCACCAAAUAUACUGCCAAACCACCAGCAAACACAUUUGGUCAAAGACAUUGUGAGGACUGAAAAAAUCAACACUUUAGUAUCAAAAUUUAGAGCAUGACAAUUUACUUUUGAAUAUUCUAGUACAGAACAAGCCAAGCUGCAAGUAGCCCAGAAAUGUUGGGUUGUUGCCUUUUCAGACUUGGAUUCAGGAGAAAUAUAUAUAUAUAUCUUUGCUGGAUGCAUGCUUAAUUUCUUGUUGCAUUUAAUACAUGUAACCUGGAUUGCUAGAAGAGGGUGAAAAUCAGACAUUUUUACAUAUGACAGUCAAAAUGUAGGACAAGAUGUUUGUUUCAUAAUGGAGGAAGCAGUCAGCAAGCAUGUUCAGAUAUGGGAUGCUGACUUUGGGAAUGUAUUGCCCCUUACACGGUGGAAUCAUUCUUCUAGGGAAUUUCCAGUAGCAUUCAGGAACAUGUAUCAACACUUGCAGGCUUCAUUUAUUUGUAUAAUAAUAUUCACUUUAGAUAAAAAUGAAUGGAAGGGCAACAUGAUUAUAAUAAUGAUUUUCUGAGCACAGCUGCCAGAGGCUUGUGGGGUAGCUGAUAACAUUUGCAAGAAUUGCUCGUAUGAACCAGAGCUGCCACCCAAAUAAUAAAUCUUCAGGUACCAACAACUUAAAUGACUGAAUCAUGCACUUGAAUUAUAGAAUCAUAGCGCUAGAAGAGACCACAAGGGCCAUCCAGUCCCCCUGCCAUUCAGAAUCACACAAUCAAAGCACUCCUGAAAGAUUAUCAUCCAGCCUUUUAAAAAACCCUCCAAAGAAGGAGAUCCCACCACCCUUCAAGGCAGAGUACUCCACUGUCAAACAGCUCUUACCGCCAGGAAGUUCUCCUUAAUGUUUAGGUGGAAUGUCUUUUCUCAUAAUUUUAAUCCAUCACUCUGUGUCCUAGUCUCUGGAGCAGCAGAAAACAAGCUUGCUCUAUCUUCAACAUGACAUCCCUUCAAAUAUUUAGACAUGGCUAUAUCAUGUCACCCAUUCACCUUUCCUUCUCC